GUGACUGAUUCAACUAGUUUAACUAAAGUGGCAUCACAAUCUUGUGCUAAUUAGAAAAUAGAUUCAACUAAGAUAGAAGCAUAAAAGAAAAUCAUUAUAUUGUAAUAGUAUUAAGACAAACUGCUAUUUUCAAACUAGAUGUUAAAAUGGCUGUGACAAUAAUGGAAUACAUUUGUCACAUCAUUUAUUGCUUGAGGAUAAUGGGGAAGCGUUGCUCUUACUAGAGCCAACACAAAAAAUAAUUUCUUUGAGCAAGAAUA